AUGGUCGCAGCACAGGUCGCACGAAGAUCACUCAUGAAGCAAUGGUUUGCCAUCGAGGCAAUUCCCAUUUAUGUGAUUCUUGGCGGAGCUUUGAGCGGAGCCUCUUGGUACCUCUACCGCUUGGGCACUCGUCCAGACAUCAUUUGGACCCGCAAGAACCCAGAGCCAUGGCAAAGCGUCAAACAAAACGAGAACACGAAAUUCAUGGCUAUCAACCGCGAAUUUGACCGCAAGUGGACCCGCGAAAAGCUCUAA